AUGGUCCUUUCUCGAAAACUAGGGGUGCUUGUUUCAUCCACAUUGAUGGGUCUUAUCUGUGGUACCCUCUAUGUCUAUUCGUCGUAUAGUCCACAGUUGGCGCAGCGUUUGGGCUAUUCGGCGACGAACGCGUCGGUGGUGGCGCUUGCUGGAAAUCUUGCCGUAGCUUUGACGGGCCCGUUUGCGGGCGUGGUGGUCGAUAAGAGGGGGUAUAGUAUCCCGCUAUUCAUGGGUGCAGCAGGACUCUUGGUGGGCUAUUUGGGUCUCCGUGCCCAAUACAUCGCACUGCACGGAGUCGUGUUUGUGCUGGCAGCCUGCUUGUUUUUGGCUGGCUGCGGCCUGACAUGUUUGUUUCUGGUCUGUCUCAAAUGCUGCGCGGUGACGUUCCCGCAACAGCGCGGGAUGGCCACGGCGCUUCCUUCAGCCAUGUAUGGUCUCCUGGCCAUGUUCUACUCGGUGGUGGCUUCGUCGUACUACGCGGGAGACACACAGGGAUUUUUGCUUUUUCUUCCGGUGUCGGUAGCGGUCAUCUUCACCGUUUGCGCACCGUUGAUCAUCAUGAGCGAGCCCAGAAGACUUGCUGCUACUCCCCGCGUAGUGCUGGUGUUGCAGCCAAUAGAGUUGAAACCAAUGGGAAGCCCUGUCGUACCUCCAGGGCGUAAUAGUGCCUACGAUACCGUAGGACACACUCAUGAGCCACAGCUUCUAUUGUCCCCUCGGUUUUGGCUUCUUUUCGUUAUUACAGGGGCCAUGGCAUCCAUUGGCCAAAUGUACAUUUACUCAGUAGGCUACAUGGUCAAGGCGCUCAUCGCAUCCCAAUACGAUGUCGCCGGCGAUCUCGAACGCUUUCCGGAAAUCGAGCCAUUUCUUCAGAAUGAGCAGCUGUUCCAGGUAGCCAUUCUAUCGUUUGCGAACUGUAGCGGAAGACUCAUCGCCGGGUUCCUUGGCGACUUUGUGCGCCAGAAGCUCCGCAAACCACGGAGCUGGCUUCUCUUUAUUCCUGGAGUUGGAUUUACCAUUGCCCAAUUCAUGGCCCACUCUAUUUCCGACUAUCACAAAUUGAAGUACGUCUCCGUUCUCUCCGGUUCCAUGUACGGGUUCACCUUUUGUAUUCUACCGAUCAUAGUUGGUGAUGUAUUUGGCAUUGAAGAUUUUUCUAGGAACUGGGGACUUUUAGGGUUGGCGCCGUUGAUACCCAGUAAUCUUUUCACCACCUUGUUUGGUGUCAUAUACGAUUUCAAUUCAUUCACGACGGAGUUCGGGCUGCAUCUAUGUUUGUUGGGUAAGCACUGCUACGAGCUGGUGUUCAGAAUGAGCCUGGCAGUGGCCAUAGUGGCUCUUGUUGUGGUCUUUAUAUUCAACUUCGCGGACUCGUAUCUUUCCAGCAGAACCAUUUUCGGCCAAAGACUGCUGGUGCAUGCGUGA